AUGAUUUCUACAGAAUCUAAAUUUUAUUCUACGAAAAAUUCAAUUUAUGAAUCUUUACGAAUACGAACUAAUAAACAUCGUUGUUUUGUUUUUUGUAUUGGACAUACAUCAUUAACAUGUGUACCAGGUAUAGGUAAGAAAAAUGAAUAUUUAUUAAAUCAAUCUGGUAUCAAUGAUUUAACAACACUUUAUUCAAAAUAUCAUUCAAUAAAUAAUAUUGAAAAUUUUCAACAAUGGUUAGAAAAUGAUAUUGGUUUUACAUCAUAUCAAGCAAAAAUGACAACAUGUGGAAUAAGUUCAAAAUUAGGAAAAAUUAAAGAAUUAAAUAAAGGUUUAAUACCAAUUUGUUGUUCUACAAAAGAAAGACGAGCAGAAAAAUAUAAAUUAUUAUUUAAUAAUAAAAAUAUUAAUAAACGAAAUCGAAAUAUGAAAUUAAUAAAUGAAAAAAAUAAAAAGUUAAAAACUGAAAAAAUUAAAUCAGAAAAUUUACUAACAAAUUCUGCUCAUGAUGAUCAAAUAGAAAAUCUUAAAUUAUUCAACACAUCAAUUCAACAAGAAGUUAGAUCUUCACAAUCGUCAUCCAUGAAGAAUAAAGAUAAAUUCGACAUAUCAUCGAGUCCUAAUGAAGUUUCCUUCGAUGAGAAAGUUAAAGCAAAUAAAAUAUCAGAAACAAAACCAAUAAAAUUUAAUUCAUCUUCAAUGAUUCAUGAAACUACAAAUGUUAAUAUUGAUUCACUUGAGUCAACAAAACAGAACAGCUCAUCAAUGAAAAUGAAUAAUAUACAAAAUAUAGAUUCAAACAAAGUAUCUUCAUCACAAGAAUUUCCUAAGAUUGAUUUAUCAUCGGACAGUAUGCAAUCCAAACAAUUAAUAAUAAAUCAAAUUCAUGAUAACAUUGACGAAACAUUAUCAACAAUCGAAUCAUCUGAUAAUUCUGAACUGCUGAAAUCUAAAGCCGAUCGAAAUCAACAAAUAAAAGUUAACUAUUCGAAAGAGAUAACUAUUAAUUCCACAUCGCAACAAUUCGAUUCAAUUUUAUUAUCUGAAUUACCUACAGAAAACAAACUUGAAUCGAGAGGAUCACAAUCUAAUACAAAUGUUGUUUUGCAACGUUUUACUUCGCCGACUGGUAAUGUUAUGAUAGAUCCAUUAAUUUCGUGUCAAAAUUUCAAAGAAAAGAAUUCUAUAUACAAUUUCAAUCUCGACAAUUUACAAGAUAAAAAAGAUGAACUUGUUUCUACUUCAAAAAAUUUACCGAAUUCAUCCAUUGGAAAUGAUUUUCCAAGAAAAUCAAUUCUACGUAAUACACAAUCAAAAUCUAUACCUCCAUUCCAUGCUAAUAUUCUCUUAGCUUCAAUUAAACAGCAACAAGAACAAACACAAAAUAAAUCAUUUCAAAUAAUAGAAUCGUCAACAACUGAAUCAAGUAAAAAAUCCAAAUCAAAUGAAAUAUCAUCAAAUAAAAUAGAUGAUAAAAGUAUCUCAGCUAUUAAACGAUCUUACGCCUUAUUGCCAAUUUCAACACCAGCUAUAUUUCCAAUAAAACCAAAAUCUACGAAAAAAUCCGACAUUUCAAAUUUAAUAAAAUUAUCGUCAGAAAAUACUCUUACAGCAAAAAAUGAUCAACAAAUGCUAUCCGAUAGUAAAUUCAACACAAUUAAUUCAACAUCAUUGUCUAAUAAUCCUUCAUCAAAAGAAGAAGAUGAUAUCAAACAAUAUGAAGUACUAAUAUCCAAUCGAAUCAUCAAUGACCUCAAUACUCAAAAUAAAACAGUUGCUUCAUUUUCCAAUAAAUUAUCGCAAAAGUAUAUUUUUAAUCAAUUGGAUUCAUCUUUGAAUAAAUCUCAACAAAAUCAAUUCGAAGAAAAAAUUGAAAAAAUGAUUUGUCAAAUAAUGAAACAAGCUUUACACAUUCUCAGUGAAGUUACACAAUCAUCACAAAUCAAUACUAUAUCAUUUACUAAAGUUAACUCAAUAGAAUCUUCUUCUGUUCAAAUGUCAAUAUUUGACAUGAAAAAUUCCAGUGAUAAAGUACAAUCUAUAAUCUUAUCACUAAGUCAUGAUGAUAAACAUCGUACUAUAUCAUCGAAAUGUAUUCCAUUAGCUGAACGACUUGCUCACGCAAAAGCAAAAAAACUAGCAACAAUAACAGAAUCUAAUAGUAAAGAUGUUCGAUCUCUACCAUUAUCAGAACAACAUAGGUCUGUACGAAAAAAGUGCUUUUCUUUUACCAGUGAUCGAUUAAAACAAUCAUUUACAAACACAAGUUCUCAAAGUUCAAUGAAUCAAUUUAAAAACAAAGAAAAUUCGUAUGAAAACUCGAUAUCUACACAUAUUCAACAAGAACCUAACAAUAUAUUUUCCGUAGUACAUCCUAUCAACAAAAUAACAAAUAAUCUUAUAUCAUCGUCAAAUACAGCAUCAUUUUCAUCAAGUUCUAUAUCAUCAAUAAACAAAAUUAAUUCAUCUAUAGAUAAAAUAGAAACUAAUUCUAGUCAUAGAAACUGUUUCGAAAAAGAAACAAAUUCAACAAUUCAGCACGAUUAUUUACUUUUAAAUAAUUCACCUAGUAAGAAUAAAUUUGCAUCAAUAUCUACAUCAAAUUUCAAUCAAAUAUCUAAUUUAACUACUGAAUUACCUAUUAAUAAAAUUUUAACAGAAGAUAACAAACAAUCAUCAUUAUUAAGUACAACUCUUUUCAAUUACAAUAAAAAAGAUAAACUUAAUAGUAAAAUGAUACCAUCUUAUCAUAUGAAACAAUUACCAAUAUCACCAAAAAUAAAAGAUAAUGAAUUCAUAAACAAAAAUCUAUCUGAAAUAAUCAAUAAAAAUGAAAAAUUUGAUCAAAUAUCUGAUAAUGAUGAAUUAAAGAUAAUUUCGUAUUUAGAAAAUUCGAAAUAUCAACAAAUAUCUAAUCCAUCAACGCCAAAACCAUGUAAUCCUCUUUGGAAUAAUAUAUCAAAUGAAAAAAUCUUAUCUCAACAUAAAAAUAAUCAUUUGACUGCCAUAGAAAAUAAUAAAUUUUCUAAAGAAAUAAAUCAUAAAGAUCAUAAUCAAAAUUAUCAUUCGUCCACUACAUUAUUUACAUUUAUUACACGACAACAAUAUUUAAAAGAACAGCAAACACUUAAUGAACAUAUUCUCUAUGUUAAACAAACAAAACAUUUAUAUAAAUCACAAUAA